GCCGCGUCUGUUUUGCUCAGCGUUGAGUGACAUUCCUGUGGAUCAAAGAUCGCUUUCAUUUGCUGGUAUGGAAACUCGCGGCUGCGGCAGUUGAACGCCUAUUUCAUUAAGAAGCGAAAGCGAGGGAAAUAAGGAGCUGAUCAUGGCCAACGCAUAGAGAAUGGACUUGCUUGUGCCGCAGUCAUGGCCAGAUCCGCCAAUAGAUGCACUCAGGAAGGCGAUUCCCGAGUGUCAGCCCCGUCGGAACGGGCAGAGGCCCGGGACUUCGCCGAACCUCGGGAACUGUCUCUUGAAGAAGUGCUGAAAUCCUACCAGCAGCCCAUAAAUGAAGAGCAAGCUUGGGCGGUGUGCUAUCAAUGCUGCAGCUGGCUUAGGGUGCCGCGCCUGGACCGCGCCGAAGACAGAACAGUUUACCAGGUGAAAGAUCCAUCUUCAAUAUUCCUUCACAGAGACGGGACCGUUUCACUGCAUCCGGAGCUCUGGAACAAUAACGAUGACACCGAGGCGCUGUCCUACCCGCCUGUUGCUGAGAGCCAGUUGGUUCAGUCCCUGGGAGUGGCCAUCUACAAGGCCCUGGACUGGGGAUUGGACGAGAGCGAGGAGCGGGAGUUGAGCCCCCAGCUGGAGCAGCUCAUCGACCGCAUGGUCGGAGGGGUUGAAUCCACCGAAGGUGGGAAUGAACCUGGGGGCAAUGGCGCAACUGACGAAGGCUACAGUGGUCAGGAGGAAGAGGAGGAGGAGGAGGAAGGCGAGGUGGCGACUCGCGCAGUGCGCACCCUUCGUCAGGUGAUGGCGCUGUGUGGAACCAGGCUAGCGAACCCAACCCUCGCCCCGGAGCACUACCUCUCAGUGUGCAGGGCCCUGUUCCUGGAGACCUUAGAGCUGCGGACCUUCCUGAGCAAAAUCAGAGAUGCCAAAGAGAUGCUGAAGAAGAUCCGCAGAGAGGACAGCCAGGAGGACCGGAGCGCGGCAGAGCUGGACGCCCUCAAGCACACAGACUGGGCUCGUCUGUGGGUGCAGCUGAUGAAGGAGCUGAGGCAGGGGGUGAAGCUGAAGAAGGUGGAGGAGCAGCCCUUCAACCCGCUGCCCACCGAGUUCAGCCUCACGCCCUUCGAGAUGCUCAUGCAGGACAUCCGCUUGCGCAAGUACAAGCUGCGCAAAGUCAUGGUGGAUGGUGAUAUUCCCACGAGGGUGAAGAGAAACGCACAUGAACUCAUCCUGGAAUUUAUCCGCUCCAGACCACCUCUAAAACCUGCGUCAGAGCGCAGCUUGCCCCCGCCGCCACAGCGGCCGCAGUCCCUCCACGACCGCGUGCUGGAGGGGAUCCGACAGGAGCGCAAGCUCAGGCCUGUGGAUCCUCCCGACUCUAAGAGAGCCUUCGGCUCUCUGCCCUGCCUGGCACACACCUGCUUGUGUGACAUGAAGUCCACUUCCUGUAUAGACCUGUCCGUCACAGAGCUUGGGUCACGCCCUCCCCCCCGACCCAGAGUCCUGCUGAAAGCACCGACUCUGCAGGAGAUGGAAGAGAUGAACAUCUUUGAGGAGGAAGACUCCCCGGACAGUGGGGAGAUGCGCCGAGCGGAGAGCUCCCCCACGCCCCUGAAGCGAGACCGCUCCUUCUCGGAGCACGACCUGGCCGAGCUGCGGGGGGAGAUCCUGCCCUCGCUGUCCGAGUCGGGGCACCUGGGCGGCCCUGUGGUGCUGAGAGGAGAGAGGCCCCGCGCCAACACGCUGGGAGGGGCCUGGCCACUCCCCACCUACAGAGCCUCUUUUCCUGUUGCUGGCUGGAUGCCGUCCUCUCCGGCUCGCUGCUCCCUGAGUUCAGUGGAGGAGGCGUCCGAAGGGGUGGGGAGUGUCUCUCCCUCUCGAGGGGCCAGCAAACGCCAGUGGAUGGAGGAGUUCAGUCACCCCGUGGAGAGCCUCGCAUUAACAGUGGAUGAGGUCAUUAACGUGCGCCGAGUGCUGGUGAAGGCCGAGAUGGAGAAGUUUCUGCAGAACAACGAGCUCUACAACAAUUUGAGGAAGGGCAAGGUAUGCUGUUGCUGCCGGGUCAAGUUUCCACUCUUCUCCUGGCCAUCCACUUGUCUUCUGUGUAAAAGGUCUGUCUGCAGUUCUUGCAGUGCAAAGAUGAAGAUUCCUUCCAAGAAGAUGGCGCACAUUCCCGUUUACACCGUCGGCUUCCACAGCAGCCCGAGGAGCCAGCAUCGCAAGAGCGAGGUCUACAAAUCUCUGCGCUCUCUCUCUCGGCGCUCGGUGGAGGAGGAGUUCCCACACCUGUACGCUCACGGCUGCAGCUUGCGGGACGUGUGCGCCGAGUGCACCAAGUUCGUGGCCGACGUCAUCUCUUCCAGUCGCCGCAGCUUGGACAUCCUCAACAACACGCCCAAGAGAGAGAAGGCGCCCCCCACCACUGCGUCCUCAGCCCCCACCGUCACCUCAGCUAACCAGCAUCCUCAGACUCAGCACCUGCCCCAGCCCACGCCACACACUCAAACGCCAUCCACACCCAGGAAGAAGAUCAAGUGAACUGGCCCUGCCCUGCCCUGCCCUGCCCUGCCCUGUCCUGCCCUGACCAACCCCACCACCACCACCCCCCAUAGACAUACAUUGACCGCCUGUUUGACUGUCUAAUGAAAGACCCCCAGCUUUAAUAAUAAUAGAAAAAAAGACAUUAACACCUUCCAUGGCAGAGAUGGAUUGACUGACUGAGUCUGAUUGAGUGCUGUCCUGACAAUCGAAUGAACUAUCGCACUUGACUUCUAACGCUUCUGCUUUGAAUGGCAGUCUGUUUGAAUGAAUGAUUGAUUGAUUCAUUCAUUCAUUCAUCGAAACUGAUCAAAGAGUUUGACACAUUGAUCUGCUGAUCAACUGGGACUCGUACGUAAUCCCAGCCCCGGGCCGGGAUUGCCCCAUUAGCGCGCUGCUCAGAAUGCCCCCCAGCCCCACACUUGCUGCCCUCUUUGCCUCAGCCUGCAACCCCCUGCUCCCUCUCUCCCCCUGUGUCCCCAGCAUAUUAUGCGCUUGUCUGACAUCGCUGCACCCCAUUCAGGCUGUGUUCCAGAGCUGGACGUAUAGGACAGACCAUGCAGCGAACGCCAUUCUGCCUUAGCUCGUCUUUCACUUCACACUGACCCUUCACCUCUCGGCACACGUUUGGACAAAGAGUAACCGAAGAGUAGGAUAACAAAAUUCGAGAGGAGCAGGGUUAUCCUAAAUGAAAACUCCUAGUUGCCUUGCAUUUUUUUUUUUAUGUUUGAAUGUAUUACUUUAGCUAUUGACAAGCAAACCUGGCACCUCUCCAAUACACAGCCCCUUAGCACUAAGAAGGCAUGUUGGCCUAGACUGUUGUGUGACAGACGUGGGGAUCCACAGGAGGAAAAAGAACGGACUUUGGACAUGACUGCCAGAUCAACGAGCUGCUCCAAGCACUUCUGAACUAUUUUUAAAACUGAUGAAAAAAAGAACUUCACCCAUGAUGGUGGGCGCUAGUGUGCUUUGCCACCACUGUGCGACUGUCUGAAUGUAGGAAGGUAGAGACAGUAACAUACUUGACAUUCUGGCAAAGAGUUUCUGAGCAAAAAGUCUUGUCGCCUCAGCACCUUACUGAACCCGCUGCAGAAAGAGGCCGGAUUGUCCUUGCCCUGCCCGCCGUCGCCCCCACCAACUCGCCACAUGGUCUUGUGUGAUCUGCUUGUAUUUUGUAAACACCUCAACUGCAAUAAAUCAAACUGAAAAAGUG